AUGCGACUCCAGCUCAAUUCACGUUGUCUGCCGACUGACCUUCGGGCGUUUGGGUUCUCCUUCGCAGCAAGAGCGGGUUGCGAGGAGACUGCUUGGAGUCAUUUCAUAUUUGGGAUUAUUUUCAAGCUGCUGCACGUGUACUUGCGCAGCCAGGAGGCGGCCGCACCCCUCUUUGACGAGCGUCCUGCGACUAAUCGCGCACGGCUUCAACGAGCUGCCCAUGCUUUGGGCUUCGACAUGGACCUUCGAUGGUAUAGUCUUCGACGCGGUGGUGCUACGGAUCAUUUUCGGAGGAACCAGGAUAUCCCAGCGCUCAUGGAAUUUGGGCUGUGGCAUUCCCAGACCACCGCCCGCAUCUACGUCGUGGAGGACUUGCAGCUGCUUGCCGAGAUGGUGCCCGAUCCCGGUACCCAGCAGCGUCUUCAAUACAGAGCUGGGAGACUCCGGCGUACUGAAACUCGGUGA